AUCGAGCUUGUGUCUCCACCAUCAAAGCCUAGGAAGACAGUCUUGGCCGCUAGUGUUCUGGUCAGCUCAAAUAAACUGUAGACGUCCCCACGAAUAGAAUGUCUGCAUGUGGAGGGAAGGGCGGCUCCCCCAUCUCCGUCAGGGGCGGGCGCGCGCCGACGGGGCGGCUCAUCAAGCUGCUCCGUGAGCGCUACGCCAAGCAUGUGUUCAUCAUCGAUGAAUACAAGACCUCCAAGACCUGCUACAACUGCGGGUGUCAGGAGAUGGCCAUCAAGCGGCUUGGGGGGCUGAAGGAGGGGCAGCGGCCCUGGUCGGUCAAAGUCUGCAACGACUGCUUGACGACCUGGAACCGCGACGUCUCCGCCGCCAACGUGAUCCGUGUGCUCCUCCUGCUGAAGCUGAUGGGCUUCGAGCGGCCGACCAAGCUGCAGCGGCCGCCAUGGCCGCCGGCGGCGGCGGGGCCGGGCUGCGAGCCUGAACGGCGCUAGCAGGGCGUGGGGCUGAGGGUGCACGUGUCGAUUGGCGGCGAGUGACGUGACUAGUUUGUUAGCUGCGGGUUAGCACGGACUGUGCACCCCACCCAACCGGCCACGUCCGGAUUUGCGGGGAUGCCAAAGGCCCCCAACAUAGAGGCGUGUGCAAUUUGCGUGUGCUUAGUAGGCGCCCGCGUCAAGGUGGCUGGGUUGAUAACGACCCGGGAGGGGAGGGCUCAGCCCUUUUCCUGCCUCCCUAAGGCAGCCACCUCCUUGUUGAUGAUCCGUUCCGGACCACCCUGAGGGGAUAUCGUACAGCACCCGGAGGGUGCGUGACACGCGUGUGGGUUUCACACACGGCGGAUGAGCCCAUGCGUAAGUCCGCUAGCGCUUAUCAGCGCUACACGCACGGAGUCCUACAAGUCUAUUACAGGUGUAUAUCUUACACCACCAUUCACACGGUUAUCAUAUAGUUUCCUUGUUUCCCAAUAGGAAUCCCCAUUAGCACCUUAGUUGUCGGAGAAUACGUUCCACUCUCUCUCGUUCGCCCCAGCCUCAGGUGCUCAGCCUCAUGUCGUGAUCAGCACUACACAUCCGCUCUGGUCACGGUAUUACUGGUAACGGGGGGGCUGGGCAGUCUCCGGCGUGGGGGCGACGUAUUUCCAUGAUCGUCGAUGCCUGGGCUGGGUGCAAUUUUGUUUAUCCGGCCGCAACUAUAUUAGGCACUUGCUUUGCCCUUUUCAUGUCCCAUAUGCCCUGCUGCUGCUACCAUUCCAGAAUUGGGGCCAUAUGUGUCCAUGGUAUCGGAUAAUGGCCUGGUGCAGGGCAUCCGCGGAUCUGGAGCCCAGAGAUGGGUGGGCGGAGCCGGGACCGGGGGGCGGGGGAGGGCGAGGAGCGCGGGGAAAUGGGAAGGAGCCGGAGCAGGGGAAAAGCUGGCGCAGGCCCGCAGCGAGCGUUACCGCGCAACACCCGCAACAGAGGCAGCUCUACACCCAGGGG